AUGGUUAACCGCGUGAUCCACAGUUCCUUCCACGCUUUCCAGCCCCAAGUGGAAAUCCCGCGCGAGCAGGUCCAGGUCACCAUGAAGCGCCUGCUGGAUCUGGAUGACCGCUCCCCCGUGCUGAUCUGGGGCAACCACCUGGCCGGUAAGAGCUUUGCCCUCUUCAAGGCUUUGGAACAGGCAGGCUUUCGCGAGGGCAUCGUCCACGUGAAGCUCAACAGCGACAAGCAAAUCGCAGAAGAAAAACUUUGCCAGCAGCUGGGUGCCCUCGUCCACGUUGAGGCCGAAGAGGCCCUGAGGCGGGCAGCAAAGACGCUGAGCCGCCUGCCCAUCGUCAUCCUGGAGAUCCCCCGGGAGGUCAGCGACAUGGCAGUUGUACGCAGUUGCUCUGGCUUCGCCAAGACAUGGGGCUACGACGCCGAAUUGGCGAAAGUCAUCGUGUUGGCGAGCAGCGCCUCCAUGGCCCUGAGCUUUGAUGCUGACGCCCGGGAACGUCUGUUCCAGGUCCAACCGCUGAGCGAGGAAGAGUGGCAGCAGGAGGAGGUCCAGACGUUCCUCAAGCACCACGGUGGAGCCGUCGCUGUCGAGCACAAGUCGGACCUCCUCCACCUCUCCGGCGGCAACGUGGGCAAGUUGGAGGACCUGGCGCAGGCCUUGCGGACGAAGACCUUCGAGGAGGUCCGGCUCGAAACCAUCGGCGCGCAGGAGGCGGAGAUCCUGCGCUUCUUCUGCAUCGAUGCGCAGGGCGGCUUCGGCCCAGGAAAGGUCCUGGCUGCCAAGGGGUGGCCCGCCGCGUGGCGGACGCCCCGUUUGACCAGUGCGUCAGGUCCGUGGACUUCACUGACCGUUUCACCAGCAAGCAUCUGGCGCAGGCGGUGA